AAACAAGAAAAAGAGAAGCCCACCGCUGCUCGCUCGUUUGUUUCUGGCUCCACGUAUCGCCACUUCUUCCCUUUUCCUCCUCCCUUCUCCCCCCUCUUCCUCUCCCUCCCCGCCCCUGCAUGACAAAAUACCCAAAUCAAGAAUUCUUCUAGCCUUCUUCCAUCCCGAUGGCUUCCGAAGAUAACUGGAAAGACUGAAAGAGUGAAAUUAACCUGAUAGCUUCCUAAGAUCCAGAGAAAGAGUGGAAUUAGAAGGGGCGGAGUAAUAUUAUUUUCUUUGUUUUGGAAAGGAAAGGAGAGGAGAAGAUGCUGUGCUCGGGCCGGAUACUGACGUGUUCGUCCUCCUCGCCCACAAAGCCUUCCAUCCGUCACAAUCUGAGUUGCUGGAGAUCUGCUCCGCAGCGCCUGAACGCGAGGCACCCGCCCGCCCUCCUCAAAUGGAGAUCCAUGGCUUCCGACGACACGUCUCCUUCUUCCUUCGCCCCCUCGGUCGAGUCCGCCGCCGCCGAUUCCUCCGAGAAAAACCCAGCCGGUGCCGGGUUUUGUAUCAUUGAAGGACCUGAAACAGUUCAAGACUUUGCUAAAAUGGAAUUGCAAGAAAUUCAAGACAAUAUUAGAAGCCGUCGAAAUAAAAUCUUUUUGCACAUGGAGGAGGUUCGCAGGCUGCGGAUACAACAAAGAAUAAAAAGUGCCGAACUUGGAAUAUUAAAUGAAGAACGAGAUAAUGAACUUCCUGAUUUUCCAUCUUUCAUUCCAUUUUUGCCUCCCUUGACACCAGCAAAUCUAAAGCUGUACUAUGCUACAUGCUUCUCUCUCAUUUCUGGAAUUAUCAUCUUUGGUGGACUUCUGGCACCAACUCUGGAACUUAAAUUGGGAUUAGGGGGCACAUCUUAUGCAGAUUUUAUCCGUAGUGUGCAUUUGCCAAUGCAAUUGAGUCAGGUUGAUCCAAUAGUAGCAUCAUUCUCAGGGGGAGCAGUUGGAGUUAUCUCAGCCCUAAUGGUUGUGGAGAUUAACAAUGUCAAGCAGCAAGAGCACAAGAGAUGCAAAUACUGUCUGGGAACUGGAUACCUUGCCUGUGCCCGCUGUUCGAGCAGUGGAGCUAUUGUUUUAGUUGAGCCUGUUGCUACAGUUAAUGAUGGCGAUCAGCCUUUAUCACCACCAAGAACAGAGAGGUGUUCGAAUUGUUCAGGGUCAGGAAAGGUCAUGUGCCCCACAUGCCUCUGCACAGGGAUGGCAAUGGCCAGCGAGCAUGACCCCCGAAUUGACCCAUUUGACUAAAGGUGCAUGUUUCUAUUCAACAUAGGGACAAAUUGAGAUGCAAGGUGUUCUGUACAGAUGCCAUAAUUAAUGACCAGUACUUGAGUUUAAGGAUGAGUUCCUAAGCAACCCUCUGUUUUGUAUCUAUGGUACGCUCGACUUCAUGAUAGCCAAAGAGGCCACAUCUUGCAUAAAUCAGUGUUGAAGAUCUAAAGUUCAUCUGAUUAAUUAUCCAUUCAGUUUGUGCUUCUAUCUUGGCAUAUGUAUCAUAGGAACUUAGAGAAAAUAUCAAGUUUUCUAUCGGUUUGCUGAUAUUUAUUCUACAUUGCGAUGAA